UCGAUAUCAUUAGACGCUUGAAAAAUAUCAUAUGGUCAGGUUUUCAUGAGCGUUUAGUACAACAUGUCUCGGUUAAACAAAAUUAUGACAUUCCGAUCGUUCUGGAGGUCAAAAUCUACCAUUCCAGACAAAUUAAAAGGUGGCUUGCUUGAGAAAAUAGUUGGCUACUUCAGGAACAUUUUAAAUGAUUAUAAAGAUGUUGCUGUGGAAACAGCGAAAGACAUGAGGGAACGGCCAAUAAAAUCUGGGAUCUAUGUUUCACUUAUUACGACAACAGUGGUACUGUGCAAGACCAAUCCUGGGGAGAAAGAGUACCAUUCUCGUCUUACCGAGAGCGUAACAGAUCUCAUGCUUGUCGGCGAACGUAUUCGUAAUCCAAAAAGCGAAUCUGCUGUAAACAGGUUAGCAAGUUAUGCAAAUGAUGGAAGGCUUCGAUGUUACAAUAUAGGCAUUUGUUCACUAAUGUGUUUAAAAAGUCAUGGACCAGACGUUAAACUUUAUUCUGCCAACUGCAAAUAUGUAAAGCCACAUUGGACAGAGUUUUAUAAAACUAUUGUGGAUGUUGGUGUAUUUGGGAAAUGGAUCAAAUUAGAAGAAGCUAUGAAAGACUUUGAUACCAACCCAGAGGAAUGGAUGGAAGACGGACAGCCUAACCCAAAAUUUAAAUACUAUAAAGACAGUUUAGUGUCAUGGGAUAUGAAAUUAAAAUAAUGCUUGAGAAAAUAAAUUUUAAAACAUU